AGAGGUUGAAAUAUUGAAUCUCCAGACCCGUCAAAAGCCCGGUCUAGAUAGCCCGCUACAUGCGCGGGUUGGCUCGCAGCCGCAUAAGUUAGUAAGAAGAACAAGUGCACACUGCAAAGAUCAUCCUCUUCCACGCUGACGCUGUUCACCCCUAAUCAGACCCAGCCAACCCCACCCAUCUCUUAACAGACAUAUCCCUUUCAUUCACGGCUACCGCACCGCAGGACCGGCCUCUACUCCACCCCUUUUACGAUUCACGGCCACCGCAGGCGCGCCUCACCACCACCCAUCACGAUUCACUGCCAGCUCUCUCAUCUGAGUCGCAUCAUAACGCCCUUCCCACCUGCAUCGAAGUCGAACGCGCCUGAAUCACCCUUGUCGAACUCGAACGCGCCCUUCCCGAAUUGGGCCAGCUUCGUGGAAGAACUGAAAUAGCUCCUGAUCAAAGGGAAAAGUUUUUACAGAAGUAUCAGCAAGUGCAACAAGGGCACGGUACCCUUCUUAAUAUGCCUUCUCUUGUUGGGGGAAACCAUAAGCAGUUUUCUGCCCAGCAACAAAACCCCCUUUUGCAACAGUUCUGAAAUAGAAGAGGAAGUAGCACACUGCAUUUCAUGGCUUACGAUUCUUCCCCUCAUGGCCGUGUGCAUCAAUUUGUGUUAGAGGGCACAGAAUCAAAGCCUUUGGACGUGGAAUCAGCAGAAUCGGUGACCCUUUUGAUUAAGCACCUACCAGAAGCCAUUCCUCAUGACACCCUUUCUAGAAUCUUCACAAAUUUCGGUGCUUUCUCGGUGCGCCCUUGCUCUACUGCCAGGUUGAAAAAUUGUGCUUUUGCGGAUUUCAAAAAUGAGAUGGUGGCAUCUCAAGCACAACGUCAACUACAUGGGUUGAGAUUUCUUGGUAAGGUCUUGUCAGCAGAGAGAGCGAGUAAGCUAACUGGUAAUGGUGAAAAUAGUAGUGGUGAUCAGCUUGGUAAGGACUCUAAAACAUCAAUGCUGAAGAAUGCAAAUGUAGGCAAACCUGUUGACGGAGAUACAAAAUCAAGAGGCCUCCCUAUUCCCGAGCCAAUUGCUGAUAGACUUGGUGUCAAUUAUCCUUUUCCUCCCCAUCUUGAGUAUGCUUACCCUCCACCUGAUGGAAAUAUAUUAACGAAUAUUGUGAAUGCUCUAAUUGCUGUUCCUCGCUUUUACACUCAGGUUCUGCACUUGAUGAACAAAAUGAACAUCCCUGCUCCAUUUCGUAUGGCACUGCCCACACCUCCAUUACCUCCAGAGGUACCAGCACCACUUCCUCCUACUGUAACUAUAAAUCCUCAGUCUGCAGAUCUGUCCAGUGGUGAAUCAGAGAUGGAAUCUUCCGAUGAGGAGGGUGACGCAAGCACAAAAAGGUCUGGACAAAAGCGUGCCAGGCGUGAGGCCAUUGUUGGCCCAGCUAUUGAUAAAGGUGUGGCUCAUGAGUCUGUUGGAGUAAAACCAGCCACCUUGGUUCCAAAAGAAAUCCCUGUGAUAAAAAAGAACCAUGUGUUAAAGAUAAACAUUGUCCCCAAAGCAACACUAAAUAAACAUAGAGAUGAUGAGACAACACAAGAGUUGCCAGAGCCAGAAAAAGAUGUUCCAGAUCCUAGCAAAUUUUUGACUCCAGAUGAAUUAGAGAAAGGAAAGUUGCCUCCUGAGGAAAUCUUAUCCCUUCCAAUGUUUAAGAAUUAUACAGCUGGAAAUCCUGCUCCUGUGUUGUAUGUUAAGAAUUUGGCAAAAGAUGUGGUUGCUGAUGAUUUCUAUUAUAUAUUUGGGUCCUUAUUUGGAAGUGUUGAGGCUGCUAAGUCAGGUCUUCAAGUCAAACUAAUGCAGGAAGGACGAAUGAGGGGUCAAGCAUUCCUGACAUUCCCCUCUGUUGAAUUGGCUCAUCGUGCUCUGAAUCGGGUGAAUGGAUAUGUAUUAAAAGGAAAGCCAAUGAUUAUACAGUUUGGUCGAAAUCCUGCUGCUGGUAAGGCUUGAUUGAGUGCAUGAGUUGAUGUAUAGCAGAUGACUAAUGAUGCGUUCUUAUUUCACUCAUGGCGAGAGGACCCUGCACUACCCACUCAGACCACAACAUUCAGCAAUGACAGUGAUAUGAUGCUUGCACGUAUAUUCUCCUUGGGCUUAUGGAUGCUAUGUGAAUCUAGACUUCACAUUGUUGGCAAUAGGAGUUGUGAAUGCAGACCAACAUAAUUUUAAAUGCCUACCGACGUUGGCAUUGGGAAUGGUUUAUUAAUUAUAUGAUUUCUUGGUUUGUUUUCUGCUCUGGAAGCAAAAGUAUAGGGAGCUUGGAUCCUGAAAACGUUGCACAAUUAUGGUCAACGACAAUUGGUAUGGCUCCGACAUUGUGGAUAUAUAUCAGGUUCUCUAAGGCAGAACUGCAGUUCCUAGCUUUGCUGCCAAAACUUAGGCGUAAUGUAAGGGUCAUUGCUGAAUGUGGAAACUGAUAAGCAUUCUCCCCGAUGCAACACUAAAUAAACAUAGAGAUGGUGAGACAACACAGGAGUUGCUAGAGCCUGAAAAAGAUGUUCGAGAACCAAGCAAAUUUUUGACUACAGAUGAAUCAGAGAGACAAAAGUUGCCUACUGAGAAAUCUUAUCCCUUCCAAUUUUUAAGGUUCUGAUAAAAAUAUCUGAGCCGGUGAACGAAGAUUUAGAAUCCACGAUUCACAUUGUUGGUAAGUUUGAAGCAAGGAAGGCAGAUUGAAGGUGCAGUCUAUGAGACAGUACUUUUGAGGUGCCUUGAAAUACAUUUAACCACAGUGAGUCUAGAGGUCACGCCAUAAACCGACAAACUUUGUUGACUACAAAGGUAAUUUCAGGUCUAGUGAGAGUGGUAUAUUGCAAUGCCACCGACCACAGAAUGGAGAGUAGGAUGUUGAAAAAGAUCUACCAUGUGUUUAGAAUUUGCAAUUGGACCCUCCAGAAGUUAAUUACAGAUUAGAAGCAUUGCCACCAAGUGCCAAAGUGUUGGGGUGUGGAUACUUGAAGCCAAGGUGUGAGGAUUAUGGCACUACUUCUUUACUUGUUUUUGAUUAAGAAUUUACUAAAAACAUAAUUACAGGAUAGAAGCCACAGUCAUCUUUUGAUCAAGUUUUUUCGCAUUUGUUUUUUUUUUUUUUCUUAUGAAGUAAGUCUGUGAUGUAAUCAUAUGUUGCUAUAUAGUUAAAGUAAAUUAUCAUUUGAUCCUCAAACUAUCACAUUAAACUCUUCCAUUGAAUUACCGCAUAACAGGGGGGGAUGCUAUCAUUGUUAUGUGUUCCCUGAACUAAAGUACUGGUGUAAAAUAUGUAUCGUCUUCCUCUAUAAGGCAGAACUGCAGUUCCUAGCUUUGGUGCCAAAACUUAGGCCUAAUGUGAGGGUCAUUACUGAAUGUGGUAACUGGAGAAAGUUUAUGUGGGAGCCACUGAAAGAAAUUGCAGGACUAACUACCAGUGAGAAAGCUGAGUGGUGCUUCAGUGUUACUUAUGAUUCGCUAUUUCCAGCCCUCAACAAUCAGAUUAUCAUUCUCUGCGAUGCAACACUAAAUAAACAUAGAGAUGAUGAGAUAAUAUAAGAGCUGCAAGAGCCAGAAAAAGAUGUUCAUGAUCUAAGCAAAUUUUUGGCUCCAGGUGAAGAAGUUCACCAAAUGUAGACAUUUGAUAAGACUAGGUAUGACUAGAUUUGUCACCUCAUAUUUAACUUUUGCAUGUCUUCAUGAAUUGAAAAUAUCAUUGAUUGAGCCAGUUCAAGGUGAAAGUGACGAGAGAAAUGUUGACAUAGCUGGGUCAAGUUCAGUUGAUCCUAUUAUAGAGGCAUUUAAUCUUGAUAAUAUAGUUUUUGAUACCAGUGUUGAUUAUGCACACUUAUCAUCUAAGGAAGAGCUUGAUGGUGAUGAAGAUGAUGAUUAUGAUGAUGAUGAUGAUUGAGAUGAUAUGAUUAGAGGAUUAUGCACACUUAUGUUUUUGUGAUUGAAUGAACUUGUGUAUUUUGUGUAAUUUGAACUUAUAAAAUAAUCAUGUGUGUUAAACUAAGUUGUUUUAGAAUGAUUAAACUUUGUUUACAAUUUUCAUCAAUGGUGAAAUUUUGAAUUGGUAUGGUAGUAUA